AUGCCUUCUGAGGCACGGCCUCUGAGGGGGAGAACCCGGCAUUCAGCCCGGGUGUGGAGGGGAGCGCGUUCUAGGCAAAUAAGUAAUGAGAUGAAGAGCAAACCGGACAACCCAGCUACCGGUUCGCACCCAAGAGGCAGCCCUCGCGGGCGCCGGAUCUUAGUGGCUGCCACGCCGCUGCCUUACUGGCAGGCCUCUUUGCGUGGUCACCGCGCUGAGAGGAAACGCUAUCUGAAUACAAUAUGGGAGCACAGGCGCUUCUUUUUGUUAGUGGGGCUGAUCUGGAUCCUGCUACUGCUGGGUGGCUUUCUGAUUGUUGGAUUUCCGUAUUCUUUGACACCAAGCGAUUAUCUUCUACGGAGCAAUGACAACUCUAAUGGACAAUCUCCCAAACACUCUACCUGGAAAACUGUGCUAAGCUUUUUCUCCCCAACUACAUGCAUUCCAAAGGAAGACCAGGUGGUAGAGACUUGCACAGGGCUGACAGAUCUUAACCAGAGUGAAUGUUUGAAACUCAAAUGCUGUUAUUCAUCACACAGGACCAGUAAUUUCAACUGUUUCACCCCGUUAGAAGAUAAGACUACGCGGAUGCUCCGGAUAUUUGUGCUCGGCAUGCUCACCAUGAUCGUCCUGGCCUGUGUGCCCCUUGUCUGUUGCUCGCUCUGGCGGAGGAGUUGCAGUAGAGGAGCAAAGGGAACCACCGCGAGUCCGCCGGUCUUCUAUGGCCACUGCAAUGGAAUCCAGCACGGAGGGGGCACAGACGCUUACUUGUUCACAGUCUGGAGCUUGGGUGUCUGUGACCAAGGUGCCAGCUCGGUUUCUGUUCUGUUUCGCCUCCGGCUUGCAGGUGGCCACUUUCACUGUGCUCUCAUUGCCUUUCCUGGCAAAUGGGCCAAUCCUUUGCGAAAGAAAGUCAACAAGAUGGUGAAGGGUUUGAAGAAACAACGAAUCAAACCUAAGAAGGGUACUGAGGUGUCAAGGCCAGCAGUGGAAGAUGAGGAGGCACUUGGUGAUGAAGUGGAGGACGAAAGGAGAGGUGUGGAGCUUAAGUUUAUCUUGGCUGUUUGUUUAUUCAUUGAACAAGAGCUGAUGGAACCAUGUAUUCUGUUUGCUGGGGUCACGGUCAUGAUCAAGGUAGACUUGUUCUUUCUUCCUGGAGCUCACAGUAUAGCUGGGGAGGAAGUCAGUGAUCUAGAAGGGCACACGAGCAGUAACUGCAGUGGCACCAAGCCCAUGGAGCAGCCAGGCCUUGCUUCCUACUGCGAUGAACUGGGCUUCCUGGGAGAGAAGGCUGACCAUGGGAAAAGGACAAGAGGAACCUGGGGGGUCUUGCUGUGCCCGAAAAUGGCAGUAGAGGAACACGCAGAAUGUGCCAUGGCUGCCUUUUAUAAGGUGACCUUAUUUUCUGAUUUGAAAAGCAGAAUUACCGGAGGCCUCGAAGGAUAUGGAGCCCGAAGACCUGGAUGUGAAGGUGACACUGUGCCGCCUUCCUCCCUUCUACGCCCACACCCGCACAUCCGGGCAACUGUACCUACCACAAUUCUGGUCUGGGAACCACUGGCAUAUUACAACAAGCAGAACGCAUCAUGCUUCGGCCUGUUGGAAGACCGUGGGCCAGUGCAUCUCUUGGCUGAGUGGAGUUCAUGUCCAGAAUCCUGGCUUUCACGGGAGCCGUGGAAGGAGAGGUUUCGGUGUUCGCCUCCUCGGUGUAGGGAAGAGGGCUACUGCAUGUCCAAGGGUGCUGUCGACCUGGUCAUGAAUUGCCAGAGCUUCGCGGCUGGAGCUAGCUGGCCGGGGAAGGCCCUGUAG